CCAGAUUGUAGCCGAUGAAGCAUUUUGCAAUGCAGUUCGGAGUUACUAUGAGAUAAUCUACCAAAAAUAAAAAUGCUGGAAGGAGCAAGAUAUCUUUGAUCCACGCAGACCUUUUCCAUUUAUGUGCUUUAAUUAUCGACUGCCAACACUUGAAGAUAGCUUCUUUACUUUCUUUUACAACGGAUUUUUUUUUUCUUCAUGUUUGUCAAUUAAUAGGCAAAUGGAGGAAUGAGCCUACUUAGAAUUACUCCUUCAGUUCAUAGUUCUGUUUCAUCUCGACUGUUGAGGCUUAGCAUCUUUCUACUACUUAGCCUUCCUGACACAAAAGGAAAAGCCAUUUGGACAGCCCACCUGAAUAUAACGUUUCAGGUGGGAAAUCAGAUUAUAUCAGAAUUAGGAGAGAGUGGGGUGUUCGGGAAUCAUUCUCCUCUGGAAAGGGUGUCUGGUGUGGUGGUACUUCCUGAAGGAUGGAAUCAGAACGCUUGUAAUCCUAUGACCAAUUUCAGCAGGCCUGAACGAGCAGACUCUUGGCUGGCCCUCAUUGAACGGGGAGGCUGUACUUUCACACACAAAAUCAACGUGGCAGCAGAGAAGGGAGCAAAUGGGGUGAUCGUCUAUAACUAUCCAGGUACGGGCAACAGAGUCUUUCCCAUGUCUCACCAGGGAACGGAAAAUAUAGUUGCAGUGAUGAUAGGCAACCUGAAAGGCCUGGAACUUUUGCACUUGAUCCAGAAAGGAGUCUAUGUGACGAUCAUCAUUGAAGUGGGGAGAAUGCACAUGCCCUGGCUGAGCCAUUAUGUCAUAUCUCUGUUCACCUUUCUGGCUGCCACAGUGGCCUGCCUGUUCCUGUACUGUGCCCGGAGACCUCGAGUGCCCGAUUCUUCCACCAGGAGGCGAAGACAGAUAAAGGCAGAUGUGAACAAAGCUAUUGGACAGCUUCGACUGCAAGUGCUCAAAGAAGGGGAUAAGGAACUAGAUCCAGAUGAAAACAAUUGUGUUGUUUGCUUUGACAUAUACAAGCCUCAAGAUGUAGUACGUAUUUUAACUUGCAAACAUUUUUUCCAUAAGGCAUGCAUCGACCCCUGGCUUUUAGCCCAUAGGACAUGCCCCAUCUGCAAGUGUGACAUUCUGAAAACUUAAGAAACCCAGAGAACCUCCUGAAGAUGUAACUGAGUCUUACCAAAGGUUACAAUUGAGAUGAAUUCUCUUUUAGCACUUUAUGUAGAGAGAAAAUUCAACUGCAGCUUGUCUACACAAGUACUAAAGAGGGUGACAUUUGUGUGCUUUAAAAAUAAAACUCCAUAUCGUGUCCAUCUAUUUGAA